ACUAAAUCACAGCCUCCACUCCAUUCAACAUUGUAGGUGCUGGCCAGGGAAUAAACUGUACGCAUUAUGAUCAAAAUGCACCAGCACCUAAAAUCACAGCCUGAGACUUGACUGUAAAUUUAAUCUCGACAGAACUUCCCGCUCUCGCCUCGUCGGGCAUUCACCGGCACGCGACUACCGACUUACUGAACCGACAUUGAUGAUCUAUUCUUAAGUGAGGUAGUCAGCGCUCUGGAGUCUGGCCAGCUAGUCUUGUGGGUUCGUGAUGUGGCACGAGGACUUGUCAUACGGGUCCUCCCGCUGCGACAGGCCCACGUAAGGCCCGGCCUCAGGGGGGAUAUCGAGCAAAAAGUAUAAAUACAACCCAUCAUUGAUGCAGAUGAUCAGUGAAGCUCAUCAUCAGCGACGGUACUAUCGUUCUCACAGGUUCACUGUCAUGUUCUCCUUGCUUUUGCUUUUGGGUGUCCUGUACACCCUAGCGCCUACAGUCUGGGGAGAUGUUUCUCAGCGUGCUACGCUGGGGAACAAGCUUGCUUCCAAUGGCACAGGAACGCCGAGUUACUCUAUGAAUGUCACAGAUUGUCCAGGAUACACUUUAGGGUCGCUUCACGAGUCUGACAUUGGUCUCACUGCUCAGCUCACACUCGCUGGACCAGCAUGCAAUGCUUUUGGACGAGACAUUUCAAACCUCACGAUCGAAGUCACUUAUCAAUCACAGUCCACUUUACAUGUCAAGAUUUAUGAUACUGCAAACCAACAAUUCACAAUCCCCGAGUCGGUGAUCGAACGGCCUGCCGCGCCAAAGACAUCCUACACGGGUAACUCCGAUCUUUUAUUCAACUUUGAUGCAGCGCCUUUUGCAUUUUGGGUCACAAGACGCUCUGAUCCGGGCGCAAUGCCAUUGUUCGACACGAGAACUUCAUCGCUGCCACCGACUCCUAUUCCACCUUUCAAUGCAUCUGAUCCAAGCACGGCGUUUGAUGGUUUUCCCCUUGUAUUUGAAGAUCAAUACCUCCAGGUUGCUUCCGCUCUGCCGUAUGGCACCAACAUCUAUGGUUUGGGCGAGGUCAUUGCUAGUAGUGGAUUUAGACGCGACAUUGGGACGGAUGGGGGCGUAGGCACUAUUCAGACGCAUUGGGCUCGCGAUGUUGCAGAUCCCAUUGAUCAAAACAUGUAUGGCUCCCAUCCAAUCUACGUCGAACAUCGGUACAAUGCGACUACUGGAAAGGCCUCUGCCUCUGGUGUUCUUCUGCUUAAUGCCGCGGGUUCAGAUAUCUUCCUGCAGACGCCCCCGAACUCUAAGGUGUCAUUAAUCGAAUACCGUCUGAUUGGUGGUAUCAUGGACUUCUACUUCUUCUCUGGACCCUCAGACGCAGAAGUAAUUGCUCAGUACGGUUCAGUGAUUGGGUACCCUAUGUGGCAACCAGCGUGGGGCUUCGGGUUCCACCUUUGCAGAUGGGGAUACCACAAUGUCAGUGAUGACAUAGAAAAUGUUGCGCAGAUGCGCGCAGCAGGUAUCCCCUUGGAAGUUCAAUGGAAUGAUAUCGACUUGUACCACGCUUUCCGCGACUUUACCACUGACCCAGUAAAUUUCCCUGGGGAUGAACUUCGCACGUUCAUUCGAGAUUUGGCCGAGAAUAAUCAACAUUAUAUCCCCAUUACGGAUGUAGGUAUCGCUAUCACAGUAAAUUCGACUGACAUCUAUGAUCCUUUCACACGGGGCGUUGAAGAAGAUGUGUGGAUCAAAAAUCCAGAUGGAUCUCUGUACCUUGGUCAAGUCUGGCCUGGAUACACCGUCUACCCAGACUGGUUCAGUGAAAACAUACUCUCUGUAUGGACCGAAGCUUUUAGAAACUGGACUGAAAUUGGGGUUGAAUUUUCCGGUAUUUGGCUCGACAUGAACGAACCAAGUUCAUUCUGUAGUGACUCCUGUGGGACCGGUGCGAACUACUCUGCCCUUGCUCCCAUGAACAUGGCUGGCACGGUCGUCACUGGGUACCCCGAAUGCUACAAUGAGACGAAAUGGGGACCUAGUGGGAAUAUGACCAUCAACGGCACCUCUACAAAUUCAUGCACAACAAGCUCAACCACUACGAGUACGGUUGUGAAACGCGGCGUCGGCGCUGGUGGCGAGAAAGGUGUCAAUCUCAACAGCCCGCCAUAUGCUAUCCAUAAUGCUAUCGGGUCCCUUAACCGCAACACUCUGGCGACGAAUGCGACCCACUCCGGCGGAUAUGCAGAGCUCGACGUGCACAAUAUGUUUGGAUUGAUGGAGGAAAAGACCACGCACCUUGCGAUUCAAUCUGUCAUCCCUGGAAAGCGUCCGUUCUUGAUCAGCAGAUCAACCUUCCCAUCUGCUGGAAAAUGGACUGGUCAUUGGCUCGGUGACAACUACAGCAAGUGGCAGUAUCUAUACCUCAACAUUCAGGGUGUUCUGCAGUUCCAAAUCUACCAAAUUCCGAUGGUUGGCGCUGACACCUGUGGAUUCAAUGAUAACACCGACGAGGAGUUGUGCAACCGUUGGAUGCAGCUCUCGGCAUUUGUUCCAUUCUACAGGAACCACAAUACUUACGCCGCCCUUCCUCAAGAACCUUAUCGCUGGGAAAGCGUAGCAAAUGCAUCCCGCAUCGCCAUUGCUGCUAGAUACUCCUUACUGCCGUACUGGUACACGCUUUUUGCCAAUUCCUCUAUGGCUGGUCUUCCGCCUGUCAGGGCGUUGUUUUACGAGUUCCCUGACGAACCUGAGCUUUUCACAGUGGACACGCAAUGGCUCGUUGGAAGUGACAUUCUCGUGACUCCAGUACUGACUCCAGGAGCUACGACCGUCGACGGUAUCUUCCCAGGUCGCGGUAGCGUCAUCUGGCGCGACUGGUACACGCACGCGGCCGUGAAUGCUACGUCUGGAGGAAACACAACACUAGACGCUCCUAUCAGUUACAUUAACGUCCACAUCCGGGACAACUCCGCUCUGUUACUGCAUCAAGAGCCCGGGUAUACCAUCUAUGAGACUCGCGAAGGCCCCUAUUCGCUGCUCGUGUCUCUCAACGCAGCAGGCACAGCAUUCGGUACUGCAUAUGUAGACGAUGGGAUUAGUUUCCCACCUGGACCGAGUCGGAGCCUCACAUUCCAGGCUGCAAAAGGCACACUCAAGAUUGAGAGCAAGGGAGAAUAUACGAUUCUGCAGAAGUUGGAGACGAUCACUGUGCUUGGCGUGCAGAAGCCUAGCCAGGUCUCAUUGCAGGGAUCGCCGGUUAAAGGGUGGACUUAUAAGGAGGCCACUGAAGAGCUGGUGGUGUCGAACACUUCUGUCAACCUUGAUGGGCAGACGACUUUGGCGUGGAAGUAGUUUUUCUAGGGUGUAUUUCCGGGUCAUUGGAUGGAUCGCGCAAUGCGUCAUCGAAGUCACACUGGCAUCAGGCUGGUUGGACGAUCUCGCUCACUCAUAUGUUAUGUUUUCUAGUCGGCAUCAUAUUGACUGUAUGAGAUAUUCCUCUACUCAAAUUAAGGCUUCCGAUUACUCGAGCAGCUGUGAAAUUGCCCCAGCAGCGAUUCCAAUUAUCAAC